AUGGAGAAGAAAAUUAAAGCCGCGCAAUUAAAAAAGCGCCAAGCUCAAGCGCUGAUUAAGAACAUUGAGCAGUUCAAAUUAAACUUUACCGACAGUGAUGUGAAUGAAAUUCCCGUGUGUUUGGAACAGUUAGAGCAACAUAAUGCCAAUUUUAUGGAUGCAAUCUCCAAACUGGAAGAGUUGGAUGAGUCAGCGGAAUCACUAGAGACAUACCUGCAAGAAAGGUGCGAGAUGGAUAAUGUGUAUCGCAAAAUAAAGGGAUUCUUGCUUCAAAAGCAACCAUGCGAAGCAAAUCCGCUAAAUGCUUCAGUGUUGUUUGCGAACACGAGUGUAGGGGCGUCAGGUCAUUCGGGACCAAGUUUACGGCUCCCGAAAAUCGGAUUACCAUCCUUCGAUGGUGAUUCAACGAAGUGGCUCUCCUUCCGUGAUCGAUUUGUAUCGAUGAUCGAUUCGUCAGCAGAGAUUCCGACGAUCAUGAAGCUGCAGUACCUGUUGUCGUCAUUGAAGGGGGAAGCCGCGCUGCUCUUCGAGCACACCACGCUGAUAGCAGACAAUUACGCUAGCACAUGGGCCGCAAUGUUGAAAACUUACGACAACCCGCGUAUGCUGGUCCGGCAAUAUCUGCGGAAAAUUCACCAUCUCCCAGCGGUGAAAUCGGAGUCUGCGGAAGAAUUGGCGCACCUGGUCGUCGAGUUUAAGCGUCAUGUAGACGGCUUAGAAAAGCUGAAGGAACCUGUCGACAGUUGGGAUGCUCCGCUCACCACCUUGAUGUUCUUCAAGCUGCAUCCCUCAACUAUGCUGGCUUGGGAAAAGCAUUCGUCGCAAGCACCUCGAGAUAAGUAUAAGGAUCUCAUCGAGUUCUUACAAAGUCGUGUACUUAUUCUCAGGUCAACUCGGCAAUUCACGGAAGACAUAAAGGCCAAUACGGCAAUGGUGGCCGGCGGCGAGCAUAAAGUAGGAGCAAGGCCGAAAACUGCAGUGAAUGCAGCGACAACACGGCACUCGACGCAUGGCCAGUCCAACGGCAUGCAGCUACCUUGCCCGAUGGGUUGCGAAGAGGUGCACAAUCUUCGCAGCUGUCCUGAGUUUCUGAAAGGAGAUGUCCAGCAUCGGCGAGAAGUGGUGGCGAAGGAGCGGCUAUGCUUCAACUGCCUGAACCAAAACCACCAAGUGAGGUCAUUGUCGAUGGCGGCAAAGGCCGAACAAGAGAUGUCAUUUCUUGAAACGGCAUUGCUUUGGGUGGUCGAUGACCAUGGUAUUCGGCAUGAAGCACGAGCGCUCUUGGAUUCAGGAUCGAUGUGCAACUUCAUCUCGGAAUCCUUAGCGCAAAAGUUGCUUACCACGAGAUCGAAAGUUAAUGUUUCGAUCAUAGGUAUCGGUCAAGCGGUACAACAAGUUAAAGGGUCCAUCGAUGCUGCAGUGCAAUCGAAGUCAGAGCAGUUUUCAACCACUAUGGAAUUUCUGAUUUUGAAAACACCGUCUGCUGAGAUUCCAAUCACACCGAUCGACACAACAUCAUGGAAGAUUCCGACUGUCUCGUUAGCAGACCCAUCAUUCCACAUCCCAGGGAGAAUAGAUAUCGUCAUCGGUAGUGACGCAUAUUGGGAAAUGCAUACUGGCAGAAAGCGUGCACUAGGUAGAGGUAGACCAUGGUUGGUAGAGACGCCCUUCGGUUGGACAGUCUCUGGGAAUAGUUCCCACACAUCGGCUUCGAGCCAACGGUCCUGCCUCACCACCGUUAGUCAAGCUUCGCUUGACACUAUGCUGCAACGUUUCUGGGAAACAGAGAGCAUCCUAGAAGGUCCCGCGUUAUCCAUAGAAGAGGACCAAUGCGAGAAAUAUUAUGCGGCCACUACAACGCGUGAUAGUCAAGGUCGAUACGUAGUAAGCUUGCCGCAUAAGACCGAUUCCAAGAUUGUAUUGGGACAAUCUAGAGCGAUAGCCGAUCGCCGGCUCGUUGCCGUUGAACGACGAUUGUUGAACAAUCCUGAAAUGGAGGUAGAAUAUAAACGGUUCAUGUCCGAAUACGAAACAUUGGGACAUAUGAGAAAACUCACCGAACCCGUUGAUGAUAGUGCUCCGCAUUAUUAUAUCCCUCACCAUGCGGUGGUGAAGGAAACGAGUACGACCACGAAGGUACGUGUUGUCUUCGAUGCAUCCUGCAAGACAACAUCUGGGUACUCGUUAAACGAUACGCUGCUCGUAGGCCCAACAGUACAAGAUGAUUUGUUUACGAUUAUCUUGAGGUUCAGAAAGCACGCCAUAGCCCUAGUAGCAGAUGUCGAAAAGAUGUAUCGACAAGUUCGUCAUUGUGAAAGUGAUCACAAACUGCUACGCAUUCGGUACCGAGAAAGAUUCACCGACCCGAUAGCAACGUACGAAUUGCAAACAGUUACCUACGGUACUGCCUCAGCGCCAUUUUUGGCCACACGCACGUUGCAACAGAUUGCGCACGACCACAAGGGCCAGUACCCCAAAGCGAUUGAUCCAGUUCUGCACGACUUCUAUGUGGAUGAUCUAUUGACUGGUGCGGCGGACCUGGCAGAAGCCAUCGAAGUGCGCAAGCAAAUUUCACAAAUGCUGGAUUCAGCCGGCUUUGCAUUGAAGAAGUGGGCGUCAAAUGUCCCUGAUGCACUUCGAGAUGUCUCACUAGAGGAUCUUGCGAUCCAAUCGAUGCAUGAAUGGAAGGACGGCCAAGCAGUAUCAACGCUAGGUAAACUGCGACGAGUAAUGGGAUACUGCUUGCGAUUCAUCGAAUGCAGCCGAGCAAGCAAGGUAUCAGCGAGCAAGUGCAACAAACCGACGUCUAUCAAGGAGUUGGAAAAUGCUGUUCCUUCGCUUACGGCGACGGAACUGCGCAUUGCGGAACUGAGGUUGUGCCAGCUAGCACAACGGGAUUCAUUCGCGGAAGAGUUGGACGACCUGAAACGAGGGAAACGUGUUGGUGAAAGAUCGAAGCUGAAGUGGUUGUCACCGUACCUUGAUGAAGAAGGUAUGUUACGCAUCGGUGGCCGGCUGGGAAAUGCGAACAUUUCCAAGGAUGUUAAGCACCCCAUCAUCCUUGCGGCUUCACAUCACCUAUCUUCACUGUUGGUAUCAGCAUAUCAUCUGAAGUUACUACAUGCUGGUCCGCAGUUAAUGUUGGCAACGAUUCGACAACGCUUCUGGUUGAUUGGUGGUCGAAAUCUUGCAAGGAGCGUUUACCAUCGAUGCCACACUUGUUUCAAGAACAAGCCGGUAUUGGUGAAGCAGGCGGUAGCUGAUUUGCCUGAAUCACGAGUGACACCGACGAGACCAUUUGCAGUUAGCGGUGUGGACUAUUGCGGACCAUUUCUGUUGAAAUCAACGAUCCGCAACCGGAGUCCAACAAAAGCAUACAUCGCGAUCUUUGUGUGCUUCUCAACGCGAGCAGUUCACAUCGAGUUGCCGUGA